CACAGAGAUCUACUUGUGCAUUUGCCACUAUCCAAAUGGUGCAAGGAAAUCAAAGACUGGCCAGCGAAUACCCAAGCAGUACUGUAAUCGGCACGCAUGCCCCGCCCGAGAAUUGCCCGUCUUCCGGCAUCUAUUCCGUAACCCCACUCUACGAUUUCCUCACCGAUAACAAUACAUCAUUUUUUAUUUUCUGGGCGUUUUUAACUUCUUUUUCUUUCUUCAGCUCGCCAUGACUGUAUUUGAUCCAAAUGCCACAAAGGCAGAUGAAACAACCCCUCUCAUAUCACAAACGCCCCCAGAACCUGUCAAGUAUGGUAAAUCUGUGUUAUAUCGAGCCUUACUGUGUGGCUUCGUCGUAUCGCUGUCGUUUGGCGUGACGCAGGUUCCGCUUCUCUUUGUCUUUCGUCUGAUGACAUGCCAGGCAUAUUAUACGAAUCAUCCAGAGCCAUCUCACGGCGAUCGUUGUGAUAACCACGCCAUUGAAGCCGGCACGGCUCGAGCCUACAGUUUACUCGGAGCCUCAACUACUUUCUUCGGAGUUGCAAACUUGUUCGUGACAGGAUGGGCAAUCAAGAAACUGGGCGUGAGAGCCGCUCUUCUGAAUUCGGUUUUCUGGCCAGCCGUUCGUCUCGCUGUCCAGAAUCUUGGUGUGGUCACUGGAGGUGCAGCGGGAAUUAUGAUCAUCCAAGCAUCACAAAUAAUCUGCAUCAUCGGAGGACCAGCUGGAUAUCUCCUCGCUCUCAACUCCUAUGUUGCCGAAAUUCUUGAGGCCAGCGAACGCACCGGAGCUCUGGGGAAGCUUCAAGGUUGCUCGUUCCUUGGCACAGCACUUGCCUACCUCCUCGGUGGGAUAAUCAGCGACACAUUCGGUAUCCUAGCUCCAUUCCAAGUAACACUAGCUCUAUUUACUCUAUCAUCUAUGUACGUGGUCGUGGCUCUUCCGUGGAUCCCACCCAGCAAGACCGUCACGGCAGCACCAACGACUAAACUCACCAAAUUCUUCGGGCCGUUGAAGAUCUUCACGCCUCAAACCUGGGUACUGGAAAAUGGUCAGAUCAAGAAACAGUACGAAACGAUUCUGCUAGGUAUCGGGGUAUUUCUCGGCGUUCUCGCAACUGGUUUCAUCCCUGUGCUUCUUCAAAUGUAUGCGACCGAUGUAUACGGUUUCGGCACAACGGAGAACGGUUACUUGAUCUCCUUGAACUCCUUCAUCCGCGGUAUAUUCCUCACCUCUGUAUUUCCACACAUUAUAUCCUACGGAAGAGCGCGAUACUCAAAUCCAAGACAUGUCAAAAAUUGCGAAACCUCCUCAAUCAAAGAUCCUGAUCUCCCGACCGAGCCGAACGACUUAGCAGGGGAAGUCAGAGACCAUGACGAAGAGCCGAUGGCCAAUCCACAUUUGGAGCAUGAGAACGAAACGUUUGAUUUCGAUUUACAGUAUAGUCGCUACAGUUUGCUUGCUGACUGCAUUUUGACUGGUUGUGCGACGUUUGUUACUCAGGGGUGGCAGCUAUAUGUGGUGGCAAUUUUACUGCCGUUCGCCUCUGGAACGGGAUCUAGUGCCAAGGGGACGAUUAUCCAGAUGUGUUCGCCGUCGGAGAGAACGGAUGCUCUGAGUGCUAUCACACUUGUUGAGAUGGUGGCGAGAUUAACGACCACUUCCGUUUUCGGAUUGGUAUUCGCUGCUUUUGCUGAAGCUGGGAAGAUAAAUCUCGUGUUCACGUGCAAUGCUGCUGUGGCAUUUGUUGGGUACAUCGUCCUGCUUUUUGCGUACUUUCCUCCCGAUGGAAGCCAGCGUCUUGGCGAACACGUCGAAGAAGCUGAAGAAGAAAGUCCGCUUAUGGAAUAGAUAAAUGAGCAUUUAAAUGUUGAGGAGAUAUCGCAAAUUUGCUUUAUUAGAAUCAGACAGAGGUUCAAUGAGAAAGUAAUGCAUUUGGAGAAGGCGUUGGGAAUCAUAGAAAGGGCAAGCUGGCCAGCUUUGGUAUAGAAGAUGGUUUAUGGCGUUCGGAGAAACCCAGAUGGGAUCGUAAAGGGCAGGGAUAUAUCCUAGAACAUAUCACAAAACAUUUAAUAGCCAAAGCACCCGAAUGAUCUGUCCAGUGCCUCCACUUUAGGUUGCACACGACUUUGAUUUAGGCUUUGCUCUGCCACCCAGCGCUUUGACUACUCGCUAAGUCAUUGAGGCGAGUAAACAACUCAAAAGAUACAUGGCUGUAUUGGAAUUAUGCACAAUUCACACUCAGGCGCUGAUUAAUGUAUUUCAAAAACUUACUAUUGAUAGGAAGUCGUGAAAUACUGAAUGCUGGCGUUCCUGCCGAAC